AAGCAAGUUUUGAAAAUGGCGUUGGCACCACUCUUUUUCAUUGGCUUUGUAAAGUGUGGAAUGAACAUUCGACCAAAGAAGACCAACGCUUCUGCUUCUGCUUCAGCUUCCAAAUUGCUGGCGAUGGCGAAGAAGCGAAGUUCCAAAGCCACCCUUCUCUUGAUCUUCAUCUCUUCCAUCAUUUUCUUCGCCUUCGUUCCUGUUUUCGCUCCUCUUCCUUCUCUCCCUUCACACCACCAUACCCAUCAUUCUCAUCGCAACAGAGUCAACGGAAAGUUUGAGAUUGCCAGUGAUAUGUUCUGGAAAGAUGGUGAACCUUUUCGGAUCAUUGGUGGUGAUUUGCAUUAUUUUCGUGUGCAUCCAGAGUACUGGGAAGAUAGACUAUUAAAAGCUAAGGCAUUGGGCUUGAACACAAUUCAAGUAUAUGUUCCUUGGAAUCUGCAUGAACCAACACAAGGAAAGCUUGUUUUUGAUGGUGUAGCAAACAUUGAGUCGUUCCUUAACCUUUGUCACAAACUUGGUCUCCUUGUGAUGGUUAGACCCGGACCGUACAUAUGUGCAGAGUGGGAUUGGGGCGGUUUCCCAGCUUGGUUCCUUUCCAUGAACCCAUCCCCCAAACCAAGAUCAUCUGAUCCUAAUUUUCUUCAACUGGUUGAAAGAUGGUGGGGUAACCUGCUUCCAAAAUUUGUUCCUCUCCUGUACCAAAAUGGAGGCCCUAUAAUAAUGGUUCAGAUUGAAAAUGAGUUUGGUUCUUAUGGAGAUGACCAAGCAUAUCUCCAUCACCUGGUCACACUGGCUAGAGGUCAUCUUGGGCAUGACAUAAUUUUAUACACUACAGAUGGAGGGUCCAGAGAAAAUCUUGAGAAAGGAACUAUUCGUGGGGACACUGUUUUUUCAGCUGUUGAUUUCACUACGGGUGAUAACCCUUGGCCUAUAUUCAAGUUACAAAAGGAGUUCAAUGCCCCAGGAAAAUCACCACCAUUGUCAGCCGAAUUUUACACUGGUUGGCUUACACAUUGGGGAGAGAAAAUUGCUCAGACUGAUGCUGAUUCUACGGCAGCUGCUCUUGAAGAAAUUUUGCGAAAAAAUGGUUCUGCAGUCCUAUAUAUGGUCCAUGGUGGGACAAACUUUGGAUUUUAUAAUGGAGCAAAUACUGGUGGUGUAGACGAGGAUGACUACCAGCCUGAUCUCACUUCAUAUGAUUAUGAUGCACCGAUCAGGGAAUCUGGUGAUGUUGACGAUUCAAAAUUCAAUGCUAUUCGGAAGGUUAUAGCCCGAUACAGCUCAGCAGCUCUGCCAUCUCUUCCUGCUAGUAAUGAGAAGACAAGUUAUGGACCAAUUCACUUACAAAGAAAAUUGUUCUUAUUUGAUAUGUUCGAUUUCACCAAUUCCACCAGUGCAUUUGAAUCUGAAAAUCCAAUGUCAAUGGAGGAUGUGGGCCAGUUGUUUGGCUUCUUAUUGUAUGCCACUAAAUAUAGAGCAAAGAGGGGUGGAAGAAUUUUGUUCAUACCAAAGUUGCAUGACAGAGCUCAAGUAUUUAUCUCUUGCCCAUCCAAAGAAAGUGGUUCACGGCCAACUUAUGUUGGAUCUGUUGAAAGAAAAAGAUAUUCAAAUUACAAACUUAGCCUUCCUGAACUUAAAUGCCAUUCUAAAAUCAACUUAUUUAUUCUGGUUGAAAACAUGGGUCGUGUAAAUUACGGGCCUUUCAUCUUUGAUAGGAAGGGCAUUUUGUCUUCUGUCUAUCUGGACGGGGAAAUAGUACAAGGGUGGAAAAUGUUCCCUGUUCCUUUGCACAACCUAAAUGAAGUGCCUUCUUACAACCCCAUCAUCCAAUCUUCAUAUUCUGCAUUGAAGGAAAUAUCAGCAUCCAGAAAAAGGUUGAUAUAUAAAUCUGAGAAUACUUCAAGAGAACCUGCUUUUUAUUCUGGCCGGUUCUUUAUUGAUAAAUCAAGCCAAGUCAAGGAUACAUUCAUAUCAUUCAACAAUUGGGGGAAAGGCAUUGCUUUUGUUAAUGACUUCAAUAUAGGGAGAUACUGGCCGGUGAGAGGACCACAGUGCAAUCUCUACGUUCCUGCUCCAAUCCUUAAGCAAGGAGAUAAUUUUUUGGUAAUACUCGAGUUGGAAUCUCCAGACCCCAAACUUGUGGUGCAGACAGUUGAUGAGCCAAACUUCACAUGUGGCUCUAGUGAGGUAAAUGUUCAUUAGAUGUAAUAUAUUGUCAUAAAAAUAUGGUUAACCUUUGCAAAUGUAUUGAGAGAAGCUGGAGGUUUGGUUGAUAUGUAUGGCAAUUGUUUCGAACA